GGCCGGGGCCGGGCCGGGCCGGGCGGGGGGCGGAGCGGCUCCGCUCAGCUGGGGCUGGCGGAGUGUCAGAGGCAGCGGCGGGAGGCGGCGGCAGGCGCAGCUCCGAGGCAGCAGCUGGACCGGCACCGGCUCCCGGCGCAGCCCGCCGGGCCCAGGUGCUGAGAGCUCUGCCAGGGCAGCACAAUCCCCCUCCUGCGGACACCACGCUGUGUCACCUCCCACCCCCGAUGCCUGGAGAUUGCCUGCCCUCGCCUUGACAGGUGGCAGCGGGUGACACGGGGGUGGCACGGGACCCCUGGCUGGCCCAGCGCACCCCAUGGCGGUCCCCUUGGCUGCCUGGCUGUGGCUGAUGUGCUUGGCCACCUGCCUGGCUGCCGGGCACGGCAUGGCUGGGAAGAAGGAGAUCAGCACAGACGGGGAUCUGGUGAUCGGGGGCCUAUUUCCUGUCCACGAAAAAGGAGUGGGGAGCGAAGACUGCGGCAAGAUCAACGAGCACCGGGGCAUCCAGCGCCUGGAGGCCAUGCUCUUUGCCCUGGACGAGAUCAACAAGGACAGAAGCAUCCUGCCGGGGGUGAGGCUGGGUGCCCACAUCCUCGACACCUGCUCCAAGGACACCUACGCCCUUGAGCAGUCCCUCGACUUUGUCCGCGCCUCCCUCACCAGAGUGGACGGCUCUGAGCACAUCUGCCCCGACGGCUCUUAUGCUGUCCACGAUGACGUGCCCACUGCCAUCACCGGUGUCAUCGGGGGCUCCUACAGUGACGUUUCCAUCCAGGUGGCCAACCUGCUGCGGCUCUUCCAGAUCCCACAGAUCAGCUACGCCUCCACCAGUGCCAAGCUCAGCGACAAGUCCCGCUAUGACUACUUUGCCCGCACUGUCCCACCAGAUUUCUACCAAGCCAAAGCCAUGGCGGAGAUCCUCCGCUUUUUCAACUGGACCUACGUCUCCACGGUGGCCUCAGAGGGUGACUACGGGGAGACGGGGAUUGAGGCCUUUGAGCAAGAAGCCCGCAUGCGCAACAUCUGCAUCGCCACCUCGGAGAAGGUGGGGCGCUCCAUGAACAAGAAGACCUAUGAUGGGGUGGUCCGGGCUCUGCUGCAGAAGCCCAAUGCCAGGGUGGUCGUUCUGUUCACCCGAAGCGAAGAUGCCCGGGAGCUGCUGACGGCUGCCCAGAGAGCCAACGUGUCCUUCCUGUGGGUGGCCAGCGAUGGGUGGGGAGCCCUGGAGAGUGUGGUGGCUGGCAGUGAAGCAGUGGCGGAGGGAGCGAUCACCAUCGAGCUGGCAGCCUACCCCAUCAAGGAGUUUGCUGCCUACUUCCGUAACCUCCACCCCUACAAUAACAGCCGAAAUCCCUGGUUUCGGGAGUUUUGGGAGCAGAAGUUCAGGUGCAGCUUCCACACCCAGGACUGUAGCCGGUAUUCCCUCAAGACAGGCAAGUUUGAGCCGGAGUCCAAGGUCACAUUUGUGGUCAAUGCAGUCUAUGCCAUGGCUCACUCUCUGCACAACAUGCACCAGGCACUGUGCCCCAACACCACCAAGCUCUGCGAUGCCAUGAAGCCCGUCAAUGGCAAGAGGUUCUACAAGGACUUUAUGCUCAAUGUUAAUUUUGAUGCUCCGUUCAGGCCAGCAGACACCGAGAGCAUUGUUCGAUUUGACCGCUAUGGCGAUGGGAUUGGGCGCUACAACAUCUUCAACUAUCACCACAUGGAUGGGCGGUAUCGGUACCAGAAGGUGGGCUACUGGGCUGAGGGGCUCAUCCUCAACACCAGCCUCAUCCCAUGGGCUGAGACCUCCAUCCCUGUGUCCCAGUGCAGCGACCCCUGCAAGAAGAAUGAGAUAAAGAGCAUGCAGCCUGGAGACAUCUGCUGCUGGAUCUGCAUCCCCUGCCAGCCCUACGAGUACUUGCUGGAUGAGUUCACAUGCGUGGACUGUGGUCUGGGUUACUGGCCCAACGAGACCUUGAAUGGCUGCUAUGAGUUGCCUCAAGAGUACAUCCGCUGGAAAGACGUCUGGGCCAUUGGUCCUGUCACUAUCUCUUGCCUGGGUUUUAUCUCCACUCUCUUCGUUUUUGGAGUCUUCCUGAAGAACAAUGACACACCCAUCGUGAAGGCCUCCGGCCGGGAGCUCUGCUACAUUCUCCUGACUGGGGUCCUUAUGUGCUACAGCAUGACCUUCAUCUUCAUCGCAAAGCCCUCAACCGAGGUGUGCACGCUGCGGCGGCUGGGGCUGGGCACAUCCUUUGCUGUCUGCUAUUCGGCCCUCUUGACCAAGACAAAUCGCAUUGCCAGGAUUUUCAGUGGAGUGAAGGAGGGGGUCCAGCGCCCCCGGUUCAUAAGCCCCACAUCACAGGUGGUCAUCUGCAUGGCCCUCAUCUCUUGCCAGCUGAUCAUCGUCAUCAUCUGGCUGCUGGUGGAGACUCCAGGCACAGGCAAGGAAACAGAGCCUGACAAGAGGUACAUCGUCACCCUCAAGUGCAACAACCGUGACUCCAACAUGCUCAUUUCACUCACCUACAAUGUUCUCUUGAUCAUUCUCUGCACGGUCUAUGCUUUCAAGACACGGAAAUGCCCAGAAAACUUCAAUGAGGCCAAGUUCAUUGGGUUCACCAUGUACACAACCUGCAUCAUCUGGCUGGCUUUCCUGCCCAUCUUCUACGUGACCUCCAGCGACUACCGAGGGAAAGGGCUGGUGGCAGGAGCACCUGACCCCCCACCCCUGUCUCCAGGUCCAGACCACCACCAUGUGCAUCUCAGUGAGCCUCAGCGGCACUGUGGUCCUUGGCUGCCUCUUCACCCCCAAGCUCCACAUCAUACUCUUCCAGCCCCAGAAGAAUGUGGCCAGUCACCGCGUGGGCACCACUCGGUUCAGUGUGGCAGCUGCUGGCUCCAGCCAGUCCCAUGGCUCAGCCUCGCAGUCCGUGCCCACAGUGUGCAAUGGUCGGGAGGUGGUGGACUCCACAACGUCGUCCUUGUGAAGGAUGGGGGGACCAGGCCGUGGUGACACCACUCCUGCCCACGGCUACGUCACACCCCAUGGACAGCAGUGCCCACGGCACGGCCAGUGCAGGGGCCAGAGGUGGCAGAGGUACAAAUCUCACUGCUGGGUCAUGGUACAUGUCACCCUGCCCUUACACUGAGCCACGUUACAUGUCCCCUGUACUGAGCCCUGGGCCACAAUCCCCUGCACCGAGCCGUGGUGAACAUCCACCCUUGUCCCUUGCACUGAGCCAUGGUGAACAUCCGCCCUUGUCCCUUGCACUGAGCCAUGGUGAACGUUCCCCAUUGCCUGCACUGAGCCACGGUGGACAUCCCCCCAUUGCCUGCACCGAGCCAUGGUGCAUGUCCCUCUAAGUCACCUGCACUGAGCCAUGGUGAGUGUCCCCCAGCCCUUGUCCUGAGCUGUAGCACACAUCACACGUCUCUUGCACCGAACUGUAGUGCACGUUCCCCAUUCCCUGCACCAAACUGCGGUGCAAGACCCCCACCUUGUCCUUGCACUGAGCCCUGAUGCAAAUCCCGCCCCCAGCACCAACUGCACUGAGCCCUGGUGCUCAUCCCCUGCCCCCGGCACUUGGCCAUGGUGCACAACCUGCCUCUCUCCCUAACCCGCCUCCCGACUCACGCUUUGCUCACACCAAGCCCUGUGCCAGCACACGCUGCCCGUGCCCCUGCCACAUCACCCACCCACUGCCCUCACCCCAUCUUGCAUCCACUUUCCCCUGUUACCCCCCUGUGCCAAAUGUCACUCUUCCCCCAGCGCUUUGCACAAUUUCACCUCUUCCUCCUUGUUUUUGGCCCCAGGAAAGCUGCCGAGAGCUGCUGGGCUGGGCCAAAGCCCCUUCCAUCCCUCCCCUUGCUGGCUAUGCUGCUUCUCACCCCUUUGUGGGAGACAGGGCAGGAGUGGGGCAAAUGCCCACUGCCCCGCCAGCCCCUGCAGAGCCGGGCCAGGGAUUUGUUGGAGGGCUGGGUGUGAGUAACAGGACCCAAGUAUUUAAGCCCAAGUUUUUAAGAGUAGAUUUUUCUGUGAGCAAGAAUGUGAUUUUUUUUUUUGGUAACUUAUGUAAAUAAAGUGGUUUUGUUUUUUAAAAAAAGGACU